CACCGUACUGAUAUUUGACCAAACCUUGAUCAAAUCUAUUAAUUUUAAAUAAAAGAAUUAAAAAAAUUGGAGAAGAAGAUGAUGUGUGGGUAUAUAUAUAGACACACAUCAUUCUUGUUUCUGUAGUUUUCCACAUAGUUAGAUUUGUAAAGAGAAGAUGAGGUUCUUGUUGAUGAGCAUGACGUUGGUAUUAGUGGUGGCGUCUGGGGAAGCAGCUAGGGAGAGAUGGACCAGAAAUGAGAUGGUUGAGAUGGCUGGCUACGGCGAACAAAAACUCUCCUCUGUUCUUCUCACCGCAACUCUUCUCUCUUCCUCGCCCUCUCCAAUUCAUGGUGCUACUGUUGGUAUCAAGUGCCAUACUAGAUAUAGGAAAGGAUCCAAAUGGAUCAAAGGUGUGACAAAUGAGUCGGGGAAAUUCGUCAUCGAUCUUCCUUCUCACCUCCACGCGAUACCUGACCUAGACAAGGCUUGUAUCAUAAAAACACUCUCUGUUCCUAAACCGUAUCGAUGCUCUUCUAAGAUUCAUAGAGGCAUUAAACUCCUCUCCUCUUCCAGUGGCUCCCGUGUCUACGCAGCCGGCAACAUCACCUUACAAUAGAGAGCAUGUAAAAAGAGAUUCUAAAUUAAUCUUUCUAGGAAAGAUCAUUCAUGUCUAUCUGUUUUUUUAUGGUUCCUUCUCACUUCUUGUGAGAAAGAGAGAUAGGCUUUGUAAAUCUUGUUUUUUCUUGCUCUUCUUGUAUAUAAAAUUCAUGUUUUCUUCAACCUCGGAUCUUCUUGAUACUACAGAGAAGAUACGAUCCUUUUAACUGAUUACAUAUUAGAUGUAAAGUUUGUUGCGUUAACU